AUGACGAAACUUACUGAUCUUUCAGGGGAUAUGGUCAGUGAGAUUUUGUCUAGGGUUUCAUUGACAUCUCUAACCGCAGUGCGAUCUACUUGUAAAACCUGGAACGAUUCAUCAAAAAAUCAGGUUUUAGGUGAAAAAGGAGCAAGGAAGAAGCAGUUUGUGGAGUUCAUGAUUCAAGGUUCUAUUGUUUAUUCACUGAGGUUCAAUCUCCAAGGAGUUCGCAACGACAAAGAUGAAAACGACUUCAUUUAUCCAUCUAUGAAGGAAAUACGUAUACCUAAUAAUCAAGGAGUCAAGUUUUAUGAAAUCUAUCACUGCGACGGCUUACUGCUAUGCGUUCCCAAAGGCUGCCCCUCGAGGAUAUUGGUAUGGAAUCCGUAUUUAGGUCAAACCAGGUGGAUCCGCGUAAAAGUAUCCCACUUAUCUACGUAUGCUCUCGGAUAUGGACACGACGGCAACAACAACAACCGUAACCACAAAAUCUUGAGGAUGUUUUAUGAUUACCGCAACAAGAAAAGUAUUGAAGUCUACGAUUUUCACUCUGAUUCAUGGAGGUUUAUUGAUUUCAAUCAAGAACUGUUUCAUCGUGUUAAUGAUGGCGUGUCUUUGAAGGGAAAUGCAUACCUACUCGGUAAUGAGUUUUUAGUCUGCUUUGAUUUUACAAGAGAGAGAUGCGGACCGCGUCUGCCUCUGCCCGUUCCGAGUGUUGAGCAUCAUGUGAUUCUAUCUUGGGUUAGAGAUGAGAAGCUCCUAGUUUUAUUUACACAGUACGACAAGCCCGAGAUGAUAGAGGUUUGGAUUUCGGUUAAGGUUGAGCCCAAUGCAAUCUCAUGGAGCAGUUUCUUGAGGCUAGAUAUGAGAGUAGUCAAUGGUUUACAUGGUACUUUUUUCACUCACUUUUAUCCUAAGAGCUUUGUCAUUGAUGAGGAGAAGAAAGUCGUUGUGCUUUUUGAUUUAGAAAGAUGUGAGUCACGUGUCCACUCCGAGACCAAUGGCUACCAAAUGGCUUACAUUGUUGGAGAAGAUGGAUACUUGAGAUCUUUCAACAUGGGAGUUUCUAAUUCCUGGAUUUGGGGGCCUUCUGCUAGACUCGUGUGUUCUUCUUAUGUUCCAAGUUUAGUUCAACUGCACAUCAACCGACCGAAACGAAAGAAAUAA